UUCUAAACCGGAUAUCCGCCUUGCUAUCAGAGCGCCGAGAGACUUCGCCACACGUGGAUUUCAGACGAGAAACAGCGUGUUAUCUGCAACUUUUGGUUGUUUUUCAAUCUAAAACGAACUUUUUUUUCUAUAUUUGGAAGCUGUAAAACACCUUGUCGUCGAUAUGUUUCUGCAGUUUUACCUCAAUGAGAACGGGGACAGAGUCUACACUCUGAAGAAGAUCUGUCCAGAAGGGCAGCCCACCAGCUCGGCCCACCCGGCUCGCUUCUCCCCAGACGACAAGUUCUCCCGACACAGAGUGACGGUGAAGAAACGCUUCGGCCUCCUGCUCACCCAGCAGCCCAGACCGGCUCUGUAAAGGAGCGGUGAAGAGAUGGAGAUCAGACCAAGAAAAGUGGAGAUGAGACUGUAGAGCAAUAAACAACAACACAUUCAGGAUCACAGCUUGUGAACAUGAAGUUGGGAUUUUUCCUCAGUUUCAUCAAAAGUUCUGGAGUUGUUCAUGAGUUGGAUGUCAGCUGUUGUUGAUGUUAUGGAUCUUUUUUUUUUUAAUGUACCGUGAUUUGUUGACAUUCAUAUACCGAUAAUGUGAUAAUUUUGAUUUCAUGCUGAAUAAAUGUUUGGUUGAUGGUU